CGCAGAUAGUUUGGCCUUGGUCUUCUUAGCUUUUGAGAGCUUCCUUAGCCUACCAGUUUCAAUGCCCCGCCUUACAUAGCACAUGCAAUUUUAAUCAGACAUGCAUGAGAUUAUCACUCUCCAACUAGGCCAGAGGGCCAAUUACUUGGCGACGCACUUUUGGAACCUACAGGAGUCCUAUUUUACAUAUGACAACGAAACAGAGUCUGCCGUUGACCAUGAUGUCCACUUCCGUCCAGGUGUAGGAGCAGACGGGUCUGAAACGUAUACUCCACGAACAGUCAUAUAUGACUUGAAGGGCGGGUUCGGCACUCUGCGCAAAUACAACGCCCUCUACGAGUUGAGCGAGGAUGCAAACCCAGGCCAAGGACUUUGGGAUGGAAAAGAGGUCAUACAGCAACAGGCAGCCAUCCCGCAGAGCGACUAUCAGAAAAACCUAGAUGCAGGACUUCCAGCGCCUCAGCUUUCCGCAGAAACAGUGCGGUACUGGUCAGAUUACAACCGACUCUUUUAUCAUCCGCGCUCCAUCGUUCAGCUGAACGACUACGAGCUCAACUCAAGGGUGAUGCCGUUUGAGGACUGGAAUGUUGGCGAGGACCUCUUCAAUGAUCUCGACAAGGAGCAUGACCUACUUGACCGAGACGUGAGACCAUUCGCAGAAGAGUGUGAUCAACUACGUGCUCUGCAAAUUUUCACGGGAGCUGAUGAUGCCUGGGGUGGCUUUGCCGCAAAAUAUGUCGACAGGCUGCGAGAUGAAUAUGGCAAGAAGCCCAUCUGGGUUUGGGCUAUCGAAAGCGGCGCGAAGGUUCACCGCCAAACACAAAUGAAGCGGGACAUGAAUAAGGCUCGGACUAUCUAUAGCAUCUCCCCACAAACCUCCUUAUACACUCCCAUCAUAGACCCGCCCAGCCGCCUUCCACAAAGUAUUCAUCUCAACCCGCACUCCCAAUGGUACACCUCGGCGUUGGUUAGCUCUGCCAUGGAAACCAUUACGCUGCCAACUCGUCUUCGUCCUUACCACGAUUUCGAGUCCUCCUUGGCAGGCGACGACAGUAUCCACAAGAUUUUUGAGCUGCAGUCUUCUAUUUUCAAACCGGCAGGCGAUGAAAAGCAAGGCUCAGGUCCUAAGGGGGCAAAUGAUGGGGCAAACGCCAAAGAGUACGAGUCGUCGAAGGUCCAGAAGGAGUUUGAUAUGGACUUUUCCUAUGACAGCCUGGACAGCAACACGUCCCACAUCUUCAACCAACUUCAGGUCAGACGCGGAAUCGAGGAUGCCGAGGACGGUAUUCCUUCGAUGAAGGAUCUCAGCCUUCUCCGGAAGGAGCGUGCUUUUAACUCGGAGCCAAAUUUCCAGAGCUUCCACACGUCAUUGCAAUUCCCCGUCCUUGAUAGUUUCCCGAGUGACUUGUUCUCGGUGGCUAAACCAGAAGGGAAAAUGAAUGUUCUGGCAACUUUGACAGCGUCCUCGCGGACAGCGGAUACGAUUAAAUCCUUGGAAGCAGUUGCGGGUCGGAUUAUUAGUGUCGAUGAGCGUGAAGAUAUUGUCAAUGGAUUGGGAGAGAUCCGGGAGACCUAUGAAACCGGGUGGAUGAGCGACUCGGAUUUCGAUGACGAGUAAAGAAUUUUGGUUUAUUCAAUAAAAAUAGAUAUUGUUUCCGAU